UCCGCGUGUGUGAAAGUCGAGCUCAAAAGAAAUGGCCAAAAAAGGAAAAAAAGGCAAAGGCAAAAAGAAGAAAACGGUAGAGGAUGACCCGAACGCGCUCACGGAAGUAGACAAGACGUUCUACGAGCUAACGAUAGCGGACUUGAACCGGAAACUGGCCAGACUUCGAAGCUUGACGCAAGAACUUGAAGAAAGAAACGAAUUGCUGGACCGGGAGAAACAAACCUUGGAUGAAGAUCGGGCAGACGUUAUUGCGUAUUUAAAACGCAUACUCCAAGAGAAGGUGUUCGAGAUAAAUGAACUGGAAGAAAGGAUAAUCGGGCUUCAGGAAGCCAAACGGCACGAUGCAGAAAAAUACGAGGCGAAAAUUGUAGAUUUGGAGAAGGAAUACAAGCAAAUGCACGAACAACUGACCUCCGAAAAUAAGUUGCUCGAAGGCAAGCUGAAUUCGCUGGAGGAGUUCCGAUCGCAACGCGAAGAGCUGAUGAAGAAAUUCGAGAACCAAGAGGAGCAAAUGCAGACUCAAGAGAAACGGCACACCAGAGAGCUUUACGAAAUCGAAAGGAAAUUCAUCAUUAGCAAAGACAAACUCAAAAAAGACAUGGAAGCGCGUCUCCUGCAGCUAUCCACUGAGUUUCAUGACGCGUCUGAACUGAGAAUAGCUGCCACGACACAUAAGGUGAUUCGUGAAAACAUAGCGGUGAACAACGAAUUAGAUUCGAUGCUGGUGGCGCAUCAAAAGCUUUACAAGGAUUAUCAAGUCAUCAAAGCCCGCGACAAGACUUUGCGUCAAGAGGCGACGCUCCACGAUGAGGAAAAGAAGAAAGCUCUCAUGAAGGUGAGGGUUCAGCAAAAAGUCAUCGAGAGACUCACCGACGAGCACCGCGAUUUGAUGAAGGAUUUGAACAAGUUCAAACACCUGGAAGAAGAAGUGCGCGAGUCUCGCAAUGCAACCCGGAAAUGGACACAAAAGAUCGCUUCCUUGGAAUACAAAAUAAAACUUCUUGAACAAAACUUGCACAACGUCAAAAGUGAGAACGUCUCCUUAAAGACAGACAGUAUGUACCUUCAAGAGGAGAACAAUAGGUUAAGUGACGUACUCAUGGAAGGUGUGAGCUGUAUUAAGGAAGCCCUCACCAUAAAAUCAGAAAGUGACGUUUCCUUGAGGGCGACGAAACGGGAAAAUCUCCUCAAUACCUUGUUCGUUCUCCUGGACAAAGCUCAAGAACAGAAAGUUAAAAAACCAUCUUUAGAGACCGUUCCUUCGGUGGAAGCCACUUACGCUGUUGGAGAUCUGGGUUUCGUACCAAAACCUGUCGACAUUCGUCCAAGUGUAAUCACUAAAAGAAAUAUGGAGGCUCAAACCGGUAGCAGUUUAGAGAACUACGGUGGCGCGACCCGGCUUAGUAGGAAAAAAAGUCAAGCCGCAAGAUCUGACUUGGAACUAGAACACGAAGAGGAUAUGUCCGAUGACGAAGUAGAGGUUGCAGAGAAAGAAAGUGUUCUGUUCUUUCGCGAGUCAAUUAUAGAAGAGGAAGAAACGGAUGGCGAAAGUAAAGAAUUCGAUCCAUUCGCUGAUUACGAUAAGUCUUCCGAAGAAGAUUUAUCCAGGAGAGCUUCAAAGAGUGAUAGACAGAAGAGCGUGGUUGGAAAAGCUUCAGCGACCGGUGCCAGGAGAGCCACGAUAAAAAAAUCUUUGGGCAUGGUGAUUGAGAAGAAGAAGUCCAUCGUAGUUCGUAAAACGAACGAGUGACGCUCUCAAGACUGAAUUA